AUGGCCAGCGAGACUUCGCCCGCUCCCUCAGAACAUCUUACAGAAGCCCAAUUCGAAACCACAGAUUCGCUAGAGGAGUUGACUGAAAUCGAAAAUGCGGAUUCACGAGAGCGGUUGACCGAAGCUGAGAUAAUAGCCUCUACUUAUUUAUAUCGCAAUGAAUCAAUUAAAAUCCUCGCACUAAAUAUACUAAAACAAUCCGACGAAAUCAAGUUCAAUGAUAUCACAAUUCCUGAACAGAAACCCUGUAUACGCUGUAAAGGCAAAAUUCUUUCGACACCCCCUACACCGAUUACUAUUUUAACCUGCGGGCAUGUGGUCCAUCGAACAUGUGUUGAGAAAUUUCUUGUAAAUAAACCAGACCCAAUUUGCCCUGAUUGCGGUAAUUUUUUUACUGGCUCAGAACCGCAAUUUUUACUUCAAGCAAACGAGAUUAAUAUGGCUAAAAUGGAAGUCAGGCCCAGCAAAAAACCUCGUGAAGAUGAGAAAGAAGAGAAAGAAUCCGGUGUUCUGAAAAGACUCAUCAAAGAAUUGUCCGCCGAUAUUUCCGAAAUUUCUGAAGAGGGGAGUAAUGAAAAAUCCAGUGGUGAAUCCCAGCCUCAUAAUUUUUUAUAUUUCUUUAGUAUGAUCACCCAUGCUGAAUCGAAAAAUGAUACUACGAAUCGAGAAGUAAUUAGUCGGUAUUUUGACUUUGGCAAAGCUUUAAAAGAACGACAUAAAGAACUUAAAAAAACUCAUAAUAGUAGUGCGUCUAGAGCUCUUCUCAAUCUCGAGCUACGUACUCAGAUUCCUAACAAAAUUACAAAGGAGGCUCUUCGUAAAAGAACUGAAAAGGCCAGAAAACUUUAUAAGCUUUUUGAUGCGGUUGGUAAAGAAAAAAUAAGUCAGGUUAAAACUUUUACAGCAUCAAUCUUUAGAUUAAGUUCGGACGAUAUUGAUAUGCCGGUUACUGCGCCACUUACUGCGUCUGUAUAUCGUAUACUGUAA